AGCAAAAAGGCGCGGAAAUGUAACUGGUUACAGGGAGGAAGACGGGGUUUUUUAUUAUUUAUUUACAAGUCGCAAACAUGGAGAACGAUACCAGUGAUGAACAGGCUUCUGAAGCUAGUAUGAGAGAAGAAAAAGUGGGAUUUCAACAGGUUGUUGCCGUUGCGAGUGAAUGGAUGUCUGACUUCAUGUUUUUGAAGUUGUGCCGGAGUUUUAGAGACGGAAACCUUGAAGAGUUUAACGAGGCGUUGCCAGUUUUUGAAGCCAUCUCUAAGAAUUUGACCCUCAAAGGAGCUCCCGAUAGUGAAAAAAAAUUGAUUUGUGCUUUUCUCUCAAGAGUCAUGCACGGAAAACAGCUGGAUGACAUGUUUGAAGACGACGAACACGUGAAGCCUCUGAUGUCUGCUUUUAAAAUAUGGCAGAACUUGGACCAGAUUGUGGCUGAUGAAAAUUUGUUUGAGAAGAUCAACAUUCUUUUGCUCGUCCAGAGUGUUGCUGUCUGCUUGGAAGCGGGUCAAAGAUCUUCUGCUUCUUCUGCCCUUAAGUGGUUGGAAGAACAUCAUAACAUACCUCAGAACUUGAGGGUGAAGUUGUCCACCAUGGUGACACAGAGGGACAUUUAUCACCCGUUCCUCAUGAGCUUCAGCUUCAGCCGCUUGGUGGAGAUGAUCCAGUCCUUCUUGGAUGUUUAUUUGGAGAAGAAUCCAUCUGAUUUUCUUUUGAAGGCAGCUACAAAGAUGGUUCAGUCGUCCAGAAUCUUCCCAUGUUCGGAGCAUGCGGGUUCACAAGAUGACUCCCUUUCAGAAACAGAUGAAUCAGUGCCAGAAAUCCAAAAGACAAAGCGAAAACUGCUUCCCACCCAAAAUACUGAUGUAUGGAAGCUCGAUCCAAUCAAAAAGCCCGUGACAAAACUUCCCAAAAAUGAAUCAUCUCGGAAACGAAAACUGCUUCCGACUAAAAUUGAGGAAUGGAGCCCCGAAAUCAUCAAGAAACCUCAAGUUUCUUUGACCCGACUCACCAAAACUGAACUCUGUCAGAUGAAAACCCAGAAGCCACUGAUGCCCAGCAACAAGGGAAAGACCAGAAAAGCCCCUCAGAAAAUCAAAGUGAAUGAAGUGAUCAUAUUUGGUUCCUUGCCCUACGCAGAAAUGGACAGCCCAGCUGGACAAGUAUCUAAUAGACGGUGUUAAACGUCACGGUCAGGGGAAUUGGUCUCACAUCCUGCUGGAUUAUGAUUUUGAAGGGCGCACUGGCACCAUGCUAAAAGACCGCUGGAGAGUUUUAUUGAAGGGACAUAAAGUCUGCUGAAGACCCUCCUGUCCUUCCCACCUGUUUGCCAAUUGUAGCAUUUAUUCUGAAAAUGACAUGAAAUUUGUUUCAUGAUUUAGUUAUUUUAUUUUCACUUGUCUUAUUGUAAAUAAAAAUAUUUUUAAUCUAUUAAGUGGCUAAAAUUGUAAAAGUUAUCCUUCAACUUCUGUUUUUUUUUUCUUUUUGCUGUGACGCCACCAGAGGGCGCUCCAUGUGGAACUUAUUGUGUUACUAUCAUUAAUGAAAAAUGUUUUUAAUGCAAAUGCUUGUAAAUUUUUUGCAGCAGAAAUGAAAUGUGGUAAAGUGACUUUAGGAACAUGUUUAAAUCUUUUUCCAUUUUUUUUGUUUGUUGCAUUUUAAUUUUAUGUUUUGGGAGGUUUCAUUAUUUUCUUGAAGGGGUUAAACCCUCAGAUGAAGACAAAGGUGUGUUGAGGUGGGCAGUCGCAUUGCUGCAUCUUCUGGAUCUUCCUCCAAGUCCCGUGACACCGAGGAUUUCCCGCCGCCUGCCAGUGGAGCGAAGCUUGUCUGUAAUAAACGCAGUGUGUGAGGUUCAUCUAAGCAUAGCUUAGCAUUUUCAUUUCUGUUUCUUCCCUGCUUGAAGCUACUGUUGGAGUGGAAACUGCACCUGAUCCAUAAUGAAUUCUAGAUCUCUUACUUGUCUGAAUCCUGACCGUCUCCUUGACAGAUGCUCCCGUUUCGGGAAGCGGGAGGUUCACAUGCCACGCACACUUUGAAACCCUCUGUUAUGUAGCGCAUCCAGAGUGUGUGUGGCCGGUUCUCCAGCGUGCAGUGAGGCGUCCGGGACUCCAGCUUAAACUCCAUGCAGAACCUGAGGGUGAAAUCAAGAAAGAUUGUCAGAUAUGAAGAAAUAUCUGAUUUCAAAGGUGUGUGAGCACGAGUUUCAGGAUCUGCAGACAGUCAGGUGUGCAAGCAGUUACUAUAUGUAAAGACAGCUGCUGUAUAGUAAAAUGAGGUGCAGCCUGACCGCAGAUCUUUUCAUCUACUCAAUCAGCUGAGCUCACGUGCUGCUUCAGGUUACAGUUCUAUUCUUUCGGAGAACUUGAAGCAAACAUACCCGGGGUCCAGGGGAUUUCCAUAGCUGUCCCGUUUGGGCCUUCCCUUCCCAAACUCCAUGCUAGUAAUGAAUGCAGGACCUUAUAAUCAAAGCAGUGAAUCAGCUUUUAGGGAUAAAAAAACAGCUGCAGAUGUUAGAAAAUCCUCCAAUAUUUCUGUUUGUACACCUGAGUUGUGACCACAGCGACUUCCUCUGUGGUCUCUGUACUCCUUGCAUCCAGCUCUUUCCUCCAGGGCGGGACAAGGCUCGCCGCCGUUAGUGGGCUUCUGCUCUAUGUGGCGGACCCGGCUUCUUACAGAAAGCUGACAGGGUUUUGCACAGCCGCUCCAGUGGCUCCAGUCGCUCACAGCACAGUCCUGAGCUGGAAGAUACCCAUCAAAAUAUAUUAAAAAACACAUUACUACAUAGCUUUUGUUACAACUACAAGAAAAUGUGAAGGAGACAUCCUGAUUUUAAUGUUUUGAGCUAUUUUUAAUGUAAUUUAAUGAAUGUUUACCAUAAACAUGUAUUGGUUUAAAUCUAAGGUUGCUGUGUUUCUGAGUGUAAUUGUUUGAUGCAUAUUUAACCUCCACCCUGAUAAGACUUCAGUUUGACUGAUUUCUUCUGAAGAGAAAUCUAGCAUGAAGUUUCAAUAUUUGUCAAGAAAGAAGGGUGUCUCUGCGUUCAUCCCUAAGUGUGUCUGCUGUACUGCUUUGAAAACGUGACUCCUCAACUUAAUGGGUUUAUUAAAAUGAAAUCUGCUGAAAAAAA